AAUAUUGCGCUAUCUUUAUCGAAUGUUACAUUUGUUAUACGCAUUAAGAAGCAUUCUACUUCACGAUUCUACACUACUAUUGAUAAAUGGAUUCCACUUCCACACUUAACCCGAACCUAACCCGAACCUAACCCGAACCUAACCCGAACCUAACCCAAACCUAACUCGAAUCUGGUAACACUGCUUCUACUCAUUGUCAGUUGUCGGUCGUGUAUCGUCGCUUCCACUUAAGUCAUAUUAUUCACAUUCUGUAGUGUCUUUAUGUAGUAGAAGUAUGACGUGCAUAAGGAUGUAGUUUCUUCCAUAUAUAUAUUUUUAAUUAUAUUCACCUUCUGCUGCAGUGUCAGUAACUGUGAAAUAAACUCCAAACAUUUACGUAAUAGCCAUGAGAAUUCUGAAAUAUACAACUCUUUCUUUUAAAUAUUAAAGUUGCUAUAUGUCCGCGUCAGACAUUACUUGCAAGUAUAGUGAAAGUUGUUCGUAUCUUUGACCUAAUUCAAUUUCUUAUGUCCCUUGGGCAUAAAUGUACAUUUGCAACAUUCCAAAAUAAAAUAAGCUUGUUAUAUAAUAAUUAUUGUUAAUAAUAUUAUAUGGUAAUUAACAUACGAAAAGAACAGAAAUUUGAGUUGCCAUAAUGACGAAUGCGGACGCACGUGACGUAAUCCGAGUUGGGUCUCGGAAAAGCGAGUUGGCUUUGAAACAAACAAAAUAUGUAAUAGAAUGUUUAAAAGAAUAUCAUCCAACAAAAGAAUUUAAAAUAAUUACAAUGGUGACCAAAGGAGAUAAAAUCUUAGAUAAAUCUUUACCUAAAAUUGGGGAAAAAUCUUUAUUUACAGAGGAAUUAGAACUUGCCCUUGAAAGUGGUCGUGUUGAUUUUGUGGUACAUUCAUUAAAAGAUUUACCAACAUCAUUACCAGAAGGAAUGGCAUUAGGUGCCAUAUUAAAACGUGAAGAUCCACGUGAUGCAGUUGUUAUGUCUAAGAAGUACAAAAAUGAAACAUUAUCUACUUUACCAAAAGGUAGUGUGAUUGGUACUAGUUCAUUGCGUAGAACAGCCCAGUUAGCUAGAAAUAUGCCACACUUAAAAGUGGAAAAUAUUCGUGGCAAUUUAAAUACUAGAUUAAGAAAACUAGAUGAUGAAAAUGGACCUUUUGCAGCAAUUAUUUUGGCAGUUGCUGGUUUAAAAAGGUUGAAUUGGGAGAAUAGAAUAAAUCAGAUACUGGAACCAGAAGAAGCAUUGUAUGCUGUUGGACAAGGUGCAUUAGGGGUUGAAUGUCGAGAGACAGAUUGGAAAAUAUUGUCUCUUUUAGAGCCAUUAUAUGAUGUGGAAACAACUUUAAGAUGUGUAUGUGAACGUUCUUUUCUAAAGACAUUAGGUGGUGGAUGUUCAGCACCAGUUGCUGUUUCUUCAAAUUUAAAAGACAAAACUCUUAUGCUUACUGGUGCUGUGUGGUCUUUAGAUGGGCAGAAAAUUGUCAAAUGUACUUCUGAAAGUAAGCUUUAUAUACCUGAUGAUGAUGGAGAACCUUCAAAAAAAUGUCCAUAUCGAGAACCAAAACUGUACUGUAGUGUUGCACCUGGUAAAGUAAGCAAUUUAAGUCUUUUGGGUGCUGAAGAGCUCGGUAAAGAUCUUGGGAAAAUUCUUAUACAAAAAAACGCUCUGGAUGUUAUGGCGGAAGCAAGGAAUGAAAUUUUAAACUCAAAGUAGCGCUCCUAAACUGCGAUAUAAAAAUUAGUUUUUCUUGAUGAUGAAAACAAAUUAAAAAAGUACGGAAUUCAAAAAUUUUAAUUCUGAUAUUCCAUUAAUUUAGAAAGAUAUAAAACCUAACUUAUAAAAGUUUCAUAGUAUAUUAUUGUACACUUUAUCAUAAUUUAAAAUGAUUAAGAAGGUUUAUCAUAUAUCAUAUAUUUCACAAUGUUCAUUGUGAUAACUAUAUUUAAUUGCUCAAAUUGUAUCUCGUUUGUCGCUUUGUAAAUGUAAAAAGAAUUGUACAGAACUGAUUAUAAUAUUAAAUACAAUUUAAGUAAAAGCUA